CCAUCUACUCUACUGUACUACUGUUCAAUGGGCCGUGUUGCCAAUGCAUCUGUCGCACGGAUCUACGCUGAUGUGAACGCCAAACUUGGGCCUUCAUGGCACGAGUAUGACAAUCUUCAAGUGCAGUGGGGCUCGCAGGAUCAUUACGAAAUUGUUAGGAAAGUUGGAAGAGGGAAAUACUCAGAGGUCUUCGAGGGCGUGAAUAUCGUCAAUGAUGAGAAAUGUGUGAUCAAAGUAUUGAAACCUGUCAAAAAGAAGAAAAUCAAGAGAGAGAUCAAGAUCUUACAAAAUCUGGCGGGUGGCCCAAAUGUUGUUACCCUUCUGGAUGUAGUUCGGGACCCGUCCUCCAAGAUACCCAGCCUGAUCACAGAAGCCGUGCACAACAUUGAUUUCAAGAUACUGUAUCCGCGGUUCACCGACCAUGAUGUACGAUUCUACAUGUUUGAGCUGUUGAAGGCACUCGAUUUCUGCCAUUCUAAGGGAAUCAUGCACCGGGAUGUGAAACCACACAACGUCAUGAUAGACCACGAACGUCGCAAAUUACGAUUGAUAGACUGGGGAUUGGCCGAGUUCUAUCACCCUAAAACUCAAUACAAUGUUCGUGUCGCCUCACGGUACUUUAAGGGUCCCGAGCUGCUUGUGGACUUUCAAGAAUACGACUACAGCUUAGAUAUGUGGAGUUAUGGCUGCAUGUUUGCGUCAAUGAUCUUCCGGAAAGAACCUUUUUUCCAUGGACACGACAACUACGAUCAGUUGGUAAAGAUUGCCAAGGUUCUAGGUACAGAUGAGCUUUUCGCAUACCUGGAGAAGUAUGAUAUCGAGUUGGAGGCUCAGUACGAUGAGAUCCUCGCCAGGCAUUCGAGAAAGCCGUGGAGUCGCUUCAUCACAUCUGAGAAUCAACGGUACAUCUCUAAUGAAGCGAUCGAUUUCUUGGAUAAACUACUUCGCUACGACCAUCAAGAACGGCUCACUGCACGCGAAGCACAAGCGCACGCUUACUUCGAGCCGAUUAGAAACGCUACAAUUCCUAUUGCAGAAAGCGAGAUCACCCUGGCUUAAUGCACUUCGAGCUACAUGGGUUGUUCCUUUGUAAUCUCAGCGUAAAUAAUCAUUGUCCUCUGUUUCACUUUU